AUGGAUAAUAUUAGUAAAAGACCAGUUUUUACUCGCGAACAAAUUGACACAGAAUUGAAAAAAAUAGUAUUAUUGGAUCGAAUCCUUGCUGAAAAUGGGGCUUUGACAUUAAAUCAGUUGAACAAUGUCGUCACUAAAAUCGACAAGGGAAAGAAUUUCAAAACAUUGAAUGAUAUGAUAACAUUCAUUGGGAUGCGUACAAAUGUCUUUGACGUAUCAUUCGAUCUUGUCAGGAAUCAUUCACAAGAAUUUCGCGAAAUGUUCGGAUAUUUAGUCAAUCUCCUAUGUAACACUAAUCAGUCAGAGCGUACCGUAGAACUUGUAUAUCAAGCGAUCAUGCAGUUUAAAAUCGUAGUACACGAAGUUGGAAAUACUGAAAAAAAAGUAUGCCAUUUUUUGGAGAAACAUCGAAGGUUUUUCACUCUACGCCGAAACAAUACGGUUGCACUCAAUUCUUUAUGCUUGGAAAUUCCAUCAGUGUGGGAACGUGAAGCUUUACCCACUUAUGAGAAUACCAUAAGAUAUGAUAAAAGCAUUGUUUUGGAUGGUAUAGGUAAAGUUGUUAGCGCAGUGGUCAGCACGGGAUACAUUAAAAUUCAAGUAGUUCGAGGACCGUGGACUGCUCACACUGUGUUUGGCUUGAGCAAGAAUGUAUCAAAUGAAAUAAACCUGGCAAGCAGAUAUCCUAUAGGGACAUUAGUGAAAAUUCUGGCUCAUCGAGCAUACUACGCAGCUCAUCUAUGGACAGCUACAAAAGUGGUUUUAGCUAAUGACUGUGAUAACAUAUGGUGUGUUGGAGAAACAGGAAGGAUGGACAGAAUGCUUGAAAAAUAUCAAUGUGUGCUAAAGGACCGCAAUUUGAUCGAAGUGGAACGUGUUAACAAUCCAGAAAUUGCCGAAAAGUUUAGCGGCAGUCCAAAUCAAAAAUGCGACACAAAAUUGGUUAACAGCAGUAAGAGUGCACAGUUUAUGGUGAAAUCAAUUAAUGGGAAAGCAGAAGAAGCUGAAGCAUCUACAGAGAAUUCCAUUGAUAUGGAAAUGGAAAUGAACUCGAAUUAUGGGAAGUUUUACAAUGAUGUUAUUCAAGAUGAGAUUAAAAAAAUACGAGAAGUAGAUGAAUGCUUGCGUGAUGGUGCCAAGACAUUUCGACAGAUAUUCGAUAGACUUAUUGAAGGUGAUACUUUCGCUUAUUAUUCCUAUAUGGUUGAUUUCAUCAUUGUCCGUUCGCAUCUCUACGAAAUAUUAGAAGAUCGUGUUUGGAUGAGAAGCUACACAUUUCGUAGCGAAAUGCUCAAAUUUCUUCGUUAUAUUGAUAAAAAAUCGCGGGAAAACGUCACCGUAAACACAUUGCGUAAAUUGAUUAAUGCUAAUGAUGGUGAUUUCAUGGAAGAAUUGCUGAGUUAUGCUGAAAAUGCAGAUACAUUUUUGAAAUUCAUUGAAAAGCAUGUGUCACUCAUAGAAUUAGCCGAAGCUCUCGAUAUGCUUUCAGCAUAUUUUUCAAAGAAUAAAUUAUAUUUCAUUUUUAAAGUCGAUCUCAUUGUGGAUAUUGAAAUGGGAAAACGUAAAGUGAAGCGUAAGCCACCACCAAAAGUGAAAUCAAUUGUACCAUUGGAGACGCAAUUCAAUUGUCCAUUCUGUAAUCACGAAAGAGUGUGUGAAGUGAAAAUGGAUCGUGAACGAAAUGUAGGCUUUAUUUCAUGUCGAGUAUGCCUUGAGGACUUCCAGACGAAUAUCAAUUAUUUAUCUGAACCAAUUGAUGUCUAUUCGGAUUGGAUCGAUGCAUGCGAACAAGCAAAUCGGUGA